GAUUCCAUGAUCUGGGGUAUCCACUUAGAGAUCCAGAAACAAAUACAUCCAAACUGUCUUCCCAAUCAGAGGGCUGGGAUUCUCUUUCAUCUCGGCAGGAAAAGAACAGGGUCCAGGUCCCUUAGUAAAGACAGGAGCCUCCGUACCAAUCAACCAGAUAAUAAAAGGGAUUUCUCACAGAAAAUCAUUCUGUGCCUCUGCUUUCAGCCUUCUGGAAGAAAGUAAUAAUAGCUGGCCUCCCCUGGGCCUUCAUUACAGCCAGGCAGUGUUGGGAAUCCCAUUUAACCCUCAUGACAACUCUAGAAGGUAGGCACUCCUACCAUCCCCAUUUUAGUGUUGAGGAAACAGGCCCAGAGAGGUCAAGUGAGUUGCCCAGAGGUACCCCAGGUCAGAACCAAGCAGUCUGACCCAAACCUGAUCCUGGUAAGUCCAAAGAAAGCCCCUGUCCAGGAUGUGGUGGGAAUGUGGACAGACAAAAGUGUGAGUUUGGGGGUAGGUUGGGAUUUGUUUUGGCGAAUUCCAAGGCAGGAAGCUAUCAGGCACCUCUCACCAUUGACCGUUAAGAUGCUUUGCAGAGGGCCGCAGGGGGUGGGCUCAGAGAGGAAAGGGGUUGUUCACAGGACCACACAACUAACACAUGGCAAGGAUAGGGCACAGGCAUCCCCGGUGAGAAACAUUAUGCCCAUUUGAAAGAAAAGUUCAAAAUAGUAUAUAUUUUUAUCUUGACUCUUUCACCAAGAUUGAAGGUCAUAUCCUUACAUCGAAUAGCCUCCCUUCCUUUCCUUUGUAUGGCUCAGCCUUUUCUAGGACAAGAUAUUGUCCCCACCAGUCAUUUCCUCUCUCUGUCCUCUGUGUCGAGCCACUAGCCUAGGAACCCAGCAUUCGAUCCUGUGCCCUGCCUUAGGGUUUCUCCAUUCAACUCCCCUGUCUCUGUCUCAGAGUCUCAGCUCCCUGGCCUGUAUGCCUGAAUGCUGUAAAUAGACUGUAAGCUCUUUCAGAAGCAGGAUUGUGUUUUACACACUACCCUCUCUCCUGCCACACACGCAGUGUGCUAAAACCCAGCAAUGACUAUUUAUUGAUUUUUCUUGAUUGGAUGAGGUAAGAUGCUAACUUCUUUUUUUUAAGCUCUGUAAACUGGUUCAAGGAUGAUUAAAAAUGAUUUGCCUUGUGGGCUUGAUGAGGAUACCAUUAAAUUCAUGUUUCUAAAGGGUAUUCCAGCAUCAGAAACCAAAGGGCAUCUGAUUUGAUAGAUCCUGUGGUCGGGCCCAGGUAUCUGCAUGUGUUCCAUGUGACUUUUCUGCCCACUAAAGUUUGGGAAGCAUAGCUUCAAAUUGUUAAUGAUCGCAUCCUAUAAAAUCAUAGCACAAAUGACUAUCUAGCUAUUACGGUGCCCACUGCAGAAACGGUCCUACCAGUGUUGAUGAAUAUUUAUAUGGUGUUGUCUUUCCUGCAGAUUCCUAACCAGCAUAAUGCUGGAGCCGGGGGCCACCAGCCUGCAGUUUUCAGAAUGGCCGUGUUGGACACUGAUUUGGAUCACAUUUUUCCAUCUUCUGUUCUUCCUCCAUUCUGGGCUAAGUUAGUAGUGGGAUUGGUUGCCAUUGUGUGUUUUGCACGCAGCUAUGAUGGAGACUUUGUCUUUGAUGACUCAGAAGCUAUUGUUAACAAUAAGGACCUCCAAGCAGAAACGCCCCUUGGGGACCUGUGGCACCAUGACUUCUGGGGCAGUAGACUGAGCAGCAACACCAGCCACAAGUCCUACCGGCCUCUCACCGUCCUGACUUUCAGGAUUAACUACUACCUCUCGGGAGGUUUCCACCCCAUGGGCUUUCACGUGGUCAACAUCCUUCUGCACGGUGGCAUCUCUGUCCUCAUGGUGGACGUCUUCUCCGUUCUGUUUGGCGGCCUGCAGUACACCAGUAAAGGCCGGAGGCUGCACCUCGCCCCCAGGGCAUCCCUGCUGGCCGCGCUGCUGUUUGCUGUCCAUCCUGUGCACACCGAAUGUGUUGCUGGUGUUGUCGGCCGUGCAGACCUCCUGUGUGCCCUGUUCUUCUUCUUGUCUUUCCUUGGCUACUGUAAAGCAUUUAGAGAAAGUAACAAGGAGGGAGCGUAUUCUUCCACCUUCUGGGUGCUGCUGAGUAUCUUUCUAGGAGCAGUGGCCAUGCUGUGCAAAGAGCAAGGGAUCACCGUGCUGAGCUGUAAAUGGAUAGAGGUGGCCAUCCUCCACACCACGGCCCCACCUGGCAAAGGCCUGCUCUCAUCAAUGUGUGGUGUCCAAAGUCACCUUGGGCAUCUCCAUUCUAGCCAGCUGGAAGGGGAAACCAUGUGGAAGUGUGUGCCCAAGUUUUACAACCACACCUCCAAAAUGGGUUUGAAUGCAGUAUUUGACAUCUUGGUGAUAGGCAAAUUCAAUGUUCUGGAAAUUGUCCAGAAGGUACUACAUAAGGACAAGUCAUUAGAGAGUCUCGGCAUGCUCAGGAACGGGGGCCUCCUCUUCAGAAUGACCCUGCUCACCUCCGGAGGGGCUGGGGUGCUCUAUGUGCGCUGGACGAUCAUGGGCACGGGCCCGCCGGCCUUCACUGAGGUGGACAACCCGGCGUCCUUUGCUGACAGCAUGCUGGUGAGGGCCAUAAACUACAAUUACUACUAUUCAUUGAAUGCCUGGCUGCUGCUGUGUCCCUGGUGGCUGUGUUUUGAUUGGUCAAUGGGCUGCAUCCCCCUCAUUAAAUCCGUCAGUGACUGGAGGGUAAUUGCACUUGCAGCACUCUGGUUCUGCCUAAUUGGCCUAAUAUGCCAAGCCCUGUGCUCUGAAGACGGCCACAAGAGAAGGAUCCUUACUCUGGGCCUGGGAUUUCUCGUUAUCCCAUUUCUCCCCGCGAGUAACCUGUUCUUCCGAGUGGGCUUCGUGGUCGCGGAGCGAGUCCUCUACCUCCCCAGCGUUGGGUACUGUGUGCUGCUGACUUUUGGAUUUGGAGCCCUGAGCAAACAUACCAAGAAAAAGAAACUCAUUGCUGCUGUCGUGCUGGGGAUCUUAUUCAUCAACAUGCUGAGAUGCGUGGUGCGCAGCGGCGAGUGGCGGAGUGAAGAACAGCUUUUCAGAAGCGCUCUGUCUGUGUGUCCCCUCAAUGCCAAGGUUCACUACAACAUUGGCAAAAACCUGGCUGAUAAAGGCAACCAGACAGCUGCCAUCAGAUACUACCGGGAAGCUGUAAGAUUAAAUCCCAAGUAUGUUCAUGCCAUGAAUAAUCUUGGAAAUAUCUUAAAAGAAAGGAAUGAGCUACGGGAAGCUGAGGAGUUGCUGUCUUUGGCUGUUCGAAUACAGCCAGACUUUGCUGCUGCGUGGAUGAAUCUAGGCAUAGUACAGAACAGCCUGAAACGGUUUGAAGCCGCAGAGCAAAGUUACCGGAUGGCAAUUAAACACAGAAGGAAAUACCCAGAUUGUUACUACAACCUCGGGCGUCUGUAUGCAGAUCUCAAUCGCCACGUGGAUGCCUUGAACGCGUGGAGAAAUGCCACCGUGCUGAAACCAGAGCACAGCCUAGCCUGGAACAACAUGAUUAUACUCCUCGACAAUACAGGUAAUUUAGCCCAAGCUGAAGCAGUUGGAAGAGAGGCACUGGAAUUAAUACCUAAUGAUCACUCUCUCAUGUUCUCGUUGGCAAACGUGCUGGGGAAAUCCCAGAAAUACAAGGAAUCUGAAGCUUUAUUCCUCAAGGCAAUUAAAGCAAAUCCAAAUGCUGCAAGUUACCAUGGUAAUUUGGCUGUGCUUUAUCAUCGCUGGGGACAUCUAGACUUGGCCAAGAAACACUAUGAAAUCUCCUUGCAGCUUGACCCCACGGCAUCAGGAACUAAGGAGAACUAUGGUCUGCUAAGAAGAAAGCUAGAACUAAUGCAAAAGAAAGAUGUCUGAUCCUUUUUCCUUCAUGCUUUGAGUUUGAGUGUGUGUGUGCAUGAGGCAUAUCAUUAAUAGUAUGUGGUUACAUUUAACCAUUUAAAAGUCUUAGACAUGUUAUUUUAUUGAUUUUUUUCUAUGAAAACAAAGACAUGCAAAAAGAUUAUAGCACCAGCAAUACACUCUUGAAUGCUUGAUAUGAUUUUUCAUUGAAAUUGUAUUUUUUCAGACAACUCAAAUGUAAUUCUAAAAUUCCAAAAUUGUCUUUUUUAAUUAAACAGAAAAAGAGAAAAAAUUAUCUUGAGCAACUUUUAGUAGAAUUGAACUUUCAUUUGGGAUCUGAGCCUUGUCGUGUAUGGACUAGCACUAUUAAACUUCAAUUAUGACCAAGAAAGGAUAGACUGACCCCUACAAUUUGUAUAAAUAUUAAAUGUAUCUGUAUAUUAGCAUUUUUAUUUAAUGACAAGAUUCUUGUUUUUUUAUCUCUUUUUUUAAAACAAUAUACUGUGAACUUUGUAAGGAAAUAUUUAUUUGUAUUUUUAUGUCUUGAAUAGGGAAUGAGGAAUGGAAUGGAAUGAGGAAUGGAAAUCGAAUGAGGAAUGGAAAUUGUAACAUGUAGUAUAUCCAUAUCUAUAUGCUUUUCCCCAUAGGAAGAAAUUGACUUCUGCAGUAGUUUUUGGAUGCUCUGACUUGUGCAAUUUCAAUACAUAGGAGGUUAUGUAAUGUAAUAUUUUACAUAAAACAAUUACUAUUAGUUGAAAGUUCAGGCCAUGCUUUAGGCAAAAGCAGGCAGCCUCACAUCUUUAUUUUUGUUACAUCCAAGGUGAAGAGGGCAACACAUCUGUGUAAGUUGCUUUUUAGUGUUUUUAACUGAAAAGCCGUUUUCCAUUUUGCUUAAUGAAACUACAGACAUUAUCCAGAAAAUGCAAAAUUUUCUCUCAAAUGGAGCCACAUUCGGGGAAUUUGUGGUAUUUUUAAGAAUUGAGUUGUUCGUGCUGUUAUUUGAUCCAAACAAUGUUUUGUUUUGUUCUUCUCUGUAUGCUGUUGACCUAAUGAUGUAUGCAAUCUCUGUAAUUUCAUAUGCAGUAAAAUUAUUACACAAACUAGCA